CGCGCAGAAGUCCGGCAAGCGUGAGCUCGGCACUAACCAAAUCCCCAAUUAUGGAGGACGGUGGUGGCGGAGGGUUCCGAUCAAGCAAGAAGGACAAAGAAGGCGAAGUCGACUACAAGACCAAGGCCGGAACGGCGUGGUCCCAUUCCUUUCUCAACCAGAAGCCGUGGCAUCCGCUCUCCUACCCUAACCAGCGCCGCAAAUGGAUCGCCGAGCAAACUCACUCUCAGAAUCAGCGCCGCGCCGAGGAGGUCGCGCGCGAGUAUGCACAACAGCAGGAUUUUCUUCGGCAGACUGCGCUUCUUUCACAUAAGGAGAAGGAAAAGUUGGAAAUGAUGCAAGCUGUAAGCUUUUUAUAUGUAAAACCUCCUGGUUACAAUGCCGAAAGUGCUAAAGCUGCUGAGAUUGCUGAUGAGAAAAGGAAGCUAGAGCAAUCUCUUGAAGAGGCAUCGUCUUCCAUGAAGAUGGAAAAUGAACCUCCUGCAGGGGAGAAAAAGAAACCAGUGCCAAAAGAUGUUUUUGGUCGUAAAUUACCUACUGAAGAACAAUUUGAGGUUCUAAAAAAUGCUCCAAAGUUAGAUACUGGGGUUGCUGGCCGGGCAAAACCAUUUGGAGUUGAAAUUCGCAAUGUGAAAUGUCUUAGAUGUGGGAACUAUGGGCAUCAAAGUGGUGAUCGUGAAUGUCCAUUAAAGGAUGCAAUAAUGCCUAACGAGGAAAGUAGAUUAAAACGGGAUGACCCUUUAACAGCCAUUCUAGCUCAAACUGAUGCUGGUGAGCCUUUAAAAUGGGAGCUGAAGCAGCAGCCCGGAAUGAGCCCUCCUCGUGGAGGUUUCAAUCCCGACGAUCCCAAUCAGCAGAUAGUUGCCGAGGACAUUUUUGAUGAGUACGGAGGAUUUCUAAGUGAAGUCAACAUACCAGAGUUGCUAACCAACUUCUCUACAACAAAAGCAAAGAAGAAGAAGAAAAAGAAGUCAGACAAGAGCAAGUAUACGAACACUAGACGGUCUCCUUCACCAGAUGAACAAACAAGACACAAUGAAGGGAGUGAAUCAUCAUCUGGAGAUGAGAGGAGGGAAAAAGUAAAGAGAAGUCAUAAGAGGAAGGAGGAGGAAGAAAUACGGGAUGGUGAAGGGAGGACAUCAUCAUUUGUCGACGAGAGGAGGGGAAGAGUAAAGAAAAGACAUGAGAGGAAGAAGAAGAAGCUAGAGCAAUCCGAGUCAAGUCCAUCCGAAAGCUCAGAUAGCAAUAGGCGUCGGAGAAGGGGAACCAGACACAAGCAUCGGCAUUCAAGCUCCUCCGAGGCAUCUGACUCUGAUGAUCGGGGACGUAGACGCCAUCACCAUCGGGGAACCAGACACAAGCAUCGGCAUUCAAGCUCCUCCGAGGCAUCUGACUCUGAUGAUCGGGGACGUAGACGCCAUCACCAUCGGCACAGUCGGCAUAGUCAUCGGCAUCAACACUGACAUCAUACCGUUUUUGAAUCAGAUUGGUCAAAUUUCCUACACUGAAUAUAGCGGUGAAAUGGAUGUGUUAACAGAUGCUGCAGAAGUAAAGCAAUUGAAAAAUGUUGAGAUUGUGUAGUCUGAACACAGGCUUUAGCUUUAUUUACCAGCAUAUAUUUCAUUGGAAUCCAUUUCAACAGGUAUUGCAAUUUUGGACUUAUAUAAAAUAAACUGCAAUUGAUGUGCACC